AUGUCUAUCUUAAUCCUUGAAACUGUAGAGAAGCAGGCCGAUACUUCUGAGCUAGGGGACAAGAAGCCAGCUCCCUCCAGUCGCCAACUGCUCCGAACUAGUGCCAUCCUCUACCGCAGUGGGGGUGUCCGUCUUCUCCUGAAUGGCAUCGGUUCCGCCUGUACCUACUGGGCCAUGCACAUCUCGGUGGCGAAAUUAUCAACUACUCUGCUUCCCAGUUCAGCCGCGCAUAUCCUCGCAUCAGUCCUGCUCGCCGAGACCCAUUUCCUCUGUACUGCGCGUACUAUCCUGCCGCGUGACCAGCUGCGCUUCGUGUCCAACCCCGGCGACCGCCGACGAUGGCUGGUGCUUCCCACUCUAGCCUAUGCCGCGGCUGAAACGGUGAUGCUGCAUGUGCCGGCUGUAUUCGACAGCAGCAUCGCCCCAGUGCCAGACGAGGAAGUCACAAUGGCGGGAUUAUUGUACAUUGUGAGAUCCGACAUCCUGGUAUCAGGGCUCAUGCUCUCUGCCCAGCUGUUUCUCCUCCUUCCCUCUUACAUGGUGUUAAUCCUGGUCCAGGCCAGUCUUCUGCCGCCCACCUGCGAGACGCUGGUCUUUAGUCCGUCGAGACACCAGCGGGGCAGACGGGUGGGGGAGAUCUUUUCGGCGGUUAACCGAGGACCACUACGAGCACAGGAGGCGGCGCAGAUGAUUAGGACGGGACAGUUACUCAGUUGUCUGGAACUGCAUGGAAAGAUGUGUCUAUGUUUGGUUGGGGUUGCCGCUGUGGUGCAUUCAGUGAUCUACUGUAUGUUGUAG